AUGUCGCUCAUCCAGCUCUACAUCCCCACCGAGACCGCCCACGCAACCGUGCAGGAGCUCGGAGAGCUCGGCAACGUCCAGUUCAAGGACCUAAACCCGGACGUCUCCCCCUUCCAGCGCUCCUUUGUCACCGACAUCCGCCGCGUGGACGAAAUGGAGCGCCGAAUCCGCUUCCUCUACGCCCAGAUGGAAAAGGAGAGCGUUCCCGUCAGGCCCCUCGAGAGCGCCCUCCCCUUUGUCAACUUUGGCUCUGGCGGCCUCAACGGCUCCCGCGGCCCGCAGAUGCUCGACGAGCUCGCCGUCAAGCUGCGCGACCACGAGGAGCGCCUCGGACAGAUGAACGGGUCCUACGAGACGCUCCAGAAGCGCCUCCAGGAGCUCGAGGAGGCAAAGCACGUCCUUCGCGAGACCGCCGUCUUCUUUGACCAGGCAGAGGGCAGGCAGGAGCAGGUCCGCGCCAGCACCGACGACGCCAACGCCCCCCUCCUCGACGACGUCGAGUCGCGCGCCUUCAAUGUCCAGCGCGGCGACGAGGGCGGCGGCGGCGGCUACGGCACCUUCGACCUCGAGUUUGUCGCCGGCACCAUCGAGCGCAGCAGGAUGGCCACCUUCGAGCGCAUCCUCUGGCGCGUGCUGCGCGGCAACCUCUACAUGAACUAUGCCGAGAUUGACGAGGCGUUCGACGACCCCACCAAGGACGAGCCCGUCCGCAAGAACGUCUUCAUCAUCUUUGCCCACGGCGCCGAGCUGCUCGCCAAGAUCCGCAAGAUCAGCGAGAGCAUGGGCGGCACCCUCUACCCCAUCGACAGCAACGCCGACAAGCGCGAGGACAGCCUGCGCGAGGUCCUCAGCCGCAUCGAGGACCUCAACAACGUCCUCUACAGCACCAGCGCCACCCGCCGCACCGAGCUCGUCAAGAUCGCCGAGGUCCUCAGCGCCUGGGCCGACAUCGCGCGCAAGGAGAAGCUCACCUACUCGACCAUGAACAAGUUCCUCUUUGACAACCGCCGCAAGACGCUCGUCGCCGAGGGCUGGUGCCCCACGAGCGACCUCGGAUCCAUCCAGCUCGCCCUCCGCCGCGCCACGGAAAACGCCGGGACCAGCGCCGCCCCCGUGCUCCAGGAGCUCAAGACGCACAAGGACCCGCCCACCUUCCACCGCACCAACAAGUACACUGAGGCGCUCCAGGGCGUCAGCGACAGCUACGGCAUCGCAAAGUACAAGGAGGUCAACCCGGGACUCUUCAACUUCAUCAUCCUCCCCUUCCUCUUCGCCGUCAUGUUUGGCGACCUCUUCCACGCCUUCCUGAUGACGUCGGCGGCGCUCGGCAUGAUUGCCUUUGAGCGCAAGCUGGCCAAGGUCGACGACGAGAUCCUCCAGAUGUUCUUCUACGGCCGCUACAUGAUGCUCAUGAUGGGCACGUUUUCGAUGUUCACCGGCCUCAUGUACAACGACGUGGCCAGCAAGAGCAUGCACCUCUUCCACUCGGGCUGGGACUGGCCCCACAAGAACGGCACCGUCGAGGCCGUCUCCAACGGCCACACCUACCCCAUCGGCAUCGACCCGGCGUGGCACGGCGCCGACAACGCCCUCGUCUUUACCAACUCGCUCAAGAUGAAGAUGUCGGUCAUCCUCGGCGUCGCCCACAUGACGCUCGGCAUCUGCCUCAACGUCCCCAACUACAUCCAGUUUGGCCAGAGGCGCAAGAUCUGGGCCGAGUUUAUCCCGCAGAUGCUCUUCAUGCAGUCGCUGUUUGGCUACCUCGUCUUCUGCAUCGUCUACAAGUGGAGCAUCGACUGGUACGAGACCGACGCCAGCGGCACCGUCUUCCGCAACAACCCGCCCGGCCUGCUCAACAUGCUCAUCUACAUGUUCCUCAAGCCCGGCGACGUCGACCCCAAGACGGCCCUGUACCCAGGCCAGGCCUUUGUUCAGACGGUCCUGCUGCUCGUCGCGUUUGUCUGCGUGCCCUGGAUGCUGAUCGCCACGCCUUACCUCGAGUGGAAGGAGCACAACCAGACCAAGGCGCGCGGCUACCGUGCCAUUGGCCAGGGCGACGGCUCCCGCGGCCUUGGCCUCGACGGCGGCGACGAUGACGACGACGAAGAGGACGGUGACGAGUCGACCGGCCUCGUCCAGAACUCGCGCUCCAACAGCCACAGCGCCCCCGGCCACGGCGGCGGCGGCGAGAGCGGCGAGAUGGAGGAGGAGCACGGCUUCGAGCUGGGCGAGGUCGUCAUCCACCAGGUGAUCCACACCAUCGAGUUCUGCCUGGGCUGCAUCUCCAACACGGCCUCGUACCUGCGUCUGUGGGCCCUCAGCCUGGCCCACGCCCAGCUGUCCGAGGUGCUUUGGACCAUGACGAUCCAGAACGUCUUUGGCAUGACGGGCGUGGUGGGCGUCGUUGCCACCGUGCUCGCCUUUGGCCUCUGGUUCAUCCUUUCGAUCGGCAUCCUCUGCGGCAUGGAGGGACUCAGUUCGAUGCUGCACUCGAUCCGACUGGUGUGGGUCGAGUUCGGCAGCAAGUUCUACCAGGCCGGCGGAUACCAGUUCGAGCCGCUCAAGUUCUGA